AUGUCUCUCAAGGUGAUCCUCGUAGCGUGUGUGGCCGCGGUGGCUCUGGCCGAUAAGGCUCCCGUGUACCACCAACCACCUGUUUACGUCGCACCCACGUACCACGCUCCCGCCCCUUACAAGCAGCCGGAAUACCCAACUGCACCACCCAAGUACAACUACAACUACGGCGUCGCCGACGGAUACUCCGGCGUCAACUUCGCCGCCUCGGAGUCCCGCGACGGAAUGAACGAAAUCAAACUAUGGCGAUGUAUCUCAUCCUAUGCAUUCAGACCAAACCUCGUUUCAGUCUACAGCUCUGACUCUGAGGACACUGACUCUGAAUCCGAUAUGGACUAUAAACCAAGUAAAUGGGUAUUCAACCUAUUAGCAGUCUUGGCACAGGCAUGGCUCAGCCCCAUUUCUCCCAUUAGGACAACAGCCAUGUCUCUCAAGGUGAUCCUCGUAGCGUGUGUGGCCGCGGUGGCUCUGGCCGAUAAGGCUCCUGUGUACCAUCAGCCACCUGUUUACGCAGCACCCACGUACCAUGCUCCAGAACCUGCGUAUCACCCCUCACCUUACAAACAGCCUGAGUACCCCACUGUCCCACCGAAGUACAACUACAACUACGGCGUCGCCGACGGCUACUCCGGCGUCAACUUCGCCGCCUCGGAGUCCCGCGACGACCAACCAGUGAGCAGUGUUGACUUUAGUGCAAUAUAUGUCCAAAUAUCUAUUCCAUACGGCCACAAAACGCCUAUGAAAUUGUCUAGGCUCGCGGCACUUACCAAUAGACUAUGA